AUGGACCUUCAUUUGAGUCUCACUCUUUCACAUUCUCAUGCCUAUGAUGCUGCUUGCAAGACUCAUUUCCCUAAUAACAAACGUAGUUUUUCCCAACUCUUGCAACAUGCAGAAGAAACGUCUAGUAAUACCAACGGAUCAGAUGUUAUGUUUCCUACUCUUUCUCUUCUCCCAUUAACUCCUGCCCACUCAGAUCAUCAUGAUUACGAACACUCCUCUCACAGUUCCACUUCCACCAUCACCAAGACUAGUACCGGUGAGGAUGAUGAAGAAGCUCUCGUGGGUUGGCCUCCGGUUUAUUAUAGGAGAAAGAAACUUCGUUAUAAUGAGAAUCACGUGGUGUCAAGAAAUUACGUGAAGGUGAAGAUGGAGGGUGUAGGAAUAGCUAGAAAAGUUAAUCUUAGCACGUACAAUUCAUUUCACACUCUUAACCAAACUUUGAUGGACAUGUUUGGAAAAUGCACGUCAAUAGGUAGUGUUGAUCAAAAGUAUGAACUGGUUUAUCAAGACAAAGAAGGUGACUGGCUUCUUGCUCAAGAUGUUUCAUGGAGAAGUUUCAUUGAGUGUGCCCAACGCCUCAAACUGCUCAAGAGCAGAGGAUAA